CUCGCCAGUAACCUCAAGACGUUGAGCGUGUUGUGUUCUGUGUAGACUCGGGCAGUGAGGAUGCCUUCCACCACGACAGACAAGCAGGGCCUGGAGGCCAAGGCCGCGGCGGCAGAGCGGCGACGCACCAACAAACCCAUCAUGGAGAAAAAGAGGCGCCAGAGGAUCAACGACUGCCUCAACCAGCUCAAGAACCUGGUGCUCGAGGGGCUUAAGAAAGACCCGUCACGCUACAGCAAGCUGGAGAAGGCGGACAUCCUGGAAAUGACGGUGCGGCACGUGCAGGCCCUCCACCGCCACGAUGCCGCAGCCGCCCCCCGUCAGGCCCCCAUCGACACCGCCGCCAAAUUCCGUGCGGGCUUCGGUCAGUGCGCAGCGGAGGUCAGCAAGUUUUUAGAGACUGACACGACGCUGAGCAGCAUGCAGCGGUCACGCAUCCUCAUGCACCUGACGGAGGUAAUGACGGGACUGAGGAACAAAUCCGGCCAUCAGGACGCCACGCCGCCCUACACACCAGAGCCCCCCCAGCGUGUCCCCCAGACACUCUCCUACGAGCCCAUGAUGGUGGGCGGAGUGUCCCUCGUCCCUGCUCGCCUCCUGAACGGCCAGAUGACCUUCGUUCUGCCCAACGAUAUCGCCACCGUGCCUGGCCACGCAGGGGAGUUGCACCGCGUGCCUCCCUCCCCGCCCCACAGCGCUGCCUCUCCGUCCCUCUCCAUCGCCUCCUCCUCGCCGCCUCCCUCCCCCUCCAGGAGCCCCUCACCGCAGCCCCUGGACCUGGCUCCUAUCCGCCACCCUGAGGAUGAUUGCUGCUGGCGCCCCUGGUGAAGUGAGUCACGCGCGUGAGCGCCACAACUCUACCUGAGAAGGAACGUCGUGCCACCCAGAGGCUGGACACCCUGUAAUGGUGCAUGGCAAGACUCCGCCUGCCGCCCCCCGCCCGCCGCCACGCACAGCCGCCCUGAGAAGCCAAGGGAACAGCCAGACGCUCGACCAGUUCUUUCCCAAGGAGCUAAGAGCCACGAGGCCACCUGAUCCCCCUGAGAAUGUCAAGUCCGUGGCCAGCCGGGCACCACCACCACCACCACCAUGACCCUCGCCGUCACCAUAGUACAAAAAUAACACGAGAGAUUCAUCCUAUGGCGGGAACUUCGCUUAGAAAAAGAGUAUAGAGUAUAUAAUUAUAAUGUUCAAAAUUAAUAAAAGAUAAUUAUAGAUUCUGUGAUACAUGUAGGCUUAGUAUACCGUCCAGUGAUUUAAGAUAGUACAAAUGUCUAAUAAAGUGAUAUAUUUCAA